AUGAGAUUAAAAAGCGUCAGCGGUGGCCGCCGGCGUAGCAUUACGCCUUCUGUUACUCCCUCCCCCUCUCUCAUUCCUCUUCUCUCCACCGUCCAGGACAACCACAAUGCAGCAACCGUCUACGACAGCAGCGACAGCACCGGCGAUCACACGCACGCUCCACUUCCCGAUUUCGUUCCCGAUUCCGAACCAGCAGAUUCCCUAGACGAUGACAUUUGCAUUACUUGCAACCGAGCCGGGGGACCAUUGCUAGUAUGUACACAAACCGAUUGCCCCGUUGUAGUCCACGUCAACUGCAUCGGUUCCGAACCUAAGUUCGAUGAUUCUGGAAAAUUCUUCUGUCCCUACUGCUCCUACAAGCGAGCGUUGAAGAGAACUAGAGAAUUAAGAGAAAAAACGAUUUUAGCGAAGAAAGCUCUUUCGAGCUUUUUGGAAAAAAGCCAAACAGUGCGUAAGGAUAAUGAUGAUGACGAUGAAGAACACAUUGCCGAACCAGAACCGGUUCAGGAUCAUCCGAACCGGGAUGAACCGGAUGUUUCUGAUUCUGAGGAAAAACAAGAAGUAAAUAGUAAUGAAAAUGAUAAAGAUAAAAGAAAGGUUUCUGUUUCAGGUAGUUCAGUCAGUGAAGCUAAAGAUUCAGACUCUAAUUCUGUCUCAGUGAAGAAAGGUCAUGCCAAUGCCAUCGCCAAAGGCAAACGGAAGGUUGCUUAUGUGAAAAAAUCUUUGUUGCCGGAACGAAAAACUGCUGGUGGUGGUGGUGGUGGUGAUGGCGGCGUGGAUGAGGAGGAAGUUACCAGUUCCAGAACAUUAAGCCUACAAAAGCAAGUGACAAAGCAGAAUUUGAUGACCGGAAAGCGUAGGAGAUUGCUUUGGACAGAUGAAGAAGAAAAGGCUCUCAAGGAAGGAGUGUCGAAGUACUCAACUGAAAAGCAGAAUAUCCCUUGGAGGAAAAUUUUAGAAUUUGGUUGCCGUGUGUUUGAUAAGACUCGGACUCCUGUUGAUCUCAAAGAUAAAUGGAAAAACAUCAUCUCCAAGGAAGAAGGUGGAGGAAGCAUAUGA